AUGACGUUGGCACGAGAGUCAGUUAUCGAGGCGAACCAAAAAGAAGCCGUGACGGUUCUGGAGACGGAAAACGACCGGCUAAUCAUGGCCCUGCUUCUUAUCAUCAUGCCUGUGAGUUUUCGUUGUUUUAGUCGAGAGUUAGAAUUUCCAAAAUCACUGCUAAUGGAAUCAAAAAAGCGAUAAAAUAGGAUUUUAAAAUGAAAAUUUGAAUUAAAAAGUACACUUAAAUACUAUCUAUUUUGAAAUGUCCUCACUGGAUCUCUUCAAGGUUAUUACGAAAAAACAUUCUGUUUCACAUAAUACAGAAAAAGGAGAAAAAAAUAGACUUAAAAGACUUAUCGCUUAUAGAAAAGUGUAUAGACGAAAAACCAGUCAGUUACUAAGAAGGAAAUAGGAGUUUGAUUCAAUUUUUCCUGUUUUUCGAUCUUGAUAGCAUCUCAAUCCCAAGAAGGUUGCCAUGAAUUUUCUACAGUUUAUUGGAAAAUUCAGUCGGAGGAACAACUUUUGCCGAAAGGAGCAUUCCUGGCGUUUUGAUACAUUCGAGCAAAAAUUGAAAAAUUGCAGCCACUCGCCGUGUUCUUCAAGUGUCGCGGCUGCUCGAAGCACAUGUGCAUCAACAUCUUUUUGCUGCUGCUCCUGGUCCUGCCGGCGUACUGCCACGCCGUCUGGUUCUGCUUCAUCCGCAACCAAAACACAGUCGUCGUCCGUGACAGUCCCUCCUCACCGGCCCACAUCUCCUUCGGAAAUCGCGGAUUUGUCGAGCAUCGAGUCGCCGAAGUCACUUACGUCAAACACUGA